AUGAAUGAACCACGGCAAAAAGGAUCAGGGCGGCAGAGACGGCCUCGAGUCCCAGAGUCACUGCGGAAGAGAACUGCGCGGGCAUGCAUGCCGUGUCGACAGCAUAAACAGAAAUGUAAUGGAGGUGUGCCAUGUGCACGAUGUCAGCAGUACAGCAGGACAUGUUUUGAGGGUCCACCACCAGAUAUGAGCACAGAUAAAGACCGACAUAUGAAGCGCAUUAUUCGACACUUUCUGGGCGAUAUAUCCUUUGACGCUGGCAGUCUGGAGGAAGUAGCAGACAAUCUCGAAAAUAGCCAUCAAGAUGAAGAAAAAGACGAGAUAUCAGAAAGCUAUUCUCUGGAUCCUCUUUCGACAAACACGAUGCACUACUCUGGCGAAUUCUCCUACUGGAACUUUUCCAAAAUGAUCCAACGCAGAUUGCAAAGCCUGGGCAAUGUCCCUGAUAAUGAGGAUGAACCCGACCGAUCAUUCAGAGCAACUGGCCUUCAAUCGUCCAGUUCCUGUAUAUCUUCAGCCAUGAUGUACUUUCCACCACGCAACAUUGCUGAAUUCCUCACCGACACGUUCCUCGAGUUCGCGCAGACCAACUACUACUAUUUUGACGAGACAACCUUUCGUCAAAAGCUCGAGUACUACUACACUAACAAGCAGCCACUGACGAUCCACGAUGCAGGCUGGGUCUGCACUCUCCUCAUGACGUUGGCGGUUGGGACGCAGUUUGCUUAUAUGCAGACGAAACCCGCGCAUGGAACGCCUGUGUCUGAGAAUAUUCCGGACGACCAUGUUGGACUUGAAUUGUAUCGGUUCUCGUGUCGGUUGAUUCCGGACUUGAUCACGAUUGCGUCUGUGGAGACUGUGCAGGCCUUUUUGCUGUUGGGGAUUUAUACGCUACCGAUUGAUACGUCUGGGCUGGCGUAUACCUAUUAUGGGCUUGCGAUUAAGAUGGCCGUUCAGAAUGGAAUGCAUCGCAGGUUUUACAGGAGGAAUGCCGAUAUCACGACUGUUGAGUUGCGCAAUCGGCUGUGGUGGUCUGCAUACUCCUUAGAAUGUCGGAUCAGCAUUCUCCAUGGACGGCCUGUAUCUGUGUCCUCAGCAGAAACAGACGCAGACAUGCCAGUUGAUAUACCAUCAAUCACAUCUUCUCGUGUUUCGAAUCUGCCCAACUUCACAGCGGUCAUCUUCCUCACCAGCCGUCUUUCAGAAGCAUGCAACACCAUCAAAUCUCUCCGUCGAUGCCCUCGAAACCAUCAAAGUGGAUAUCUUGACAAGCUAACAACUAUCCGCUCUCGACUCCGUGCCUGGUGGUCGUCUCUUCCAUCCCAGACUCACUGUCGAGAUCUCAAUCCGGAUGGACCUCUAUUCCGCUGCAAUGUCCAUCUCGAGCUCAACUAUACCACUGCCACGAUCUACAUGGGGAGACCUUUUAUAUUCUCUCACCAGUCAGGCGAGGAAUCGCCGAGCUCGACGCGUUCGGAUCCAAUGACUGAUCUACGCGUUGAUUCCUUGAAUGCUGCGAUCAGAGCGAUCGAGCUGUGCCAGUUACUACAGAACUCAGGUGGAUUAGCUCGAGUAUCCUAUACCGAGUUUAAUGCGUGUCGAGCUGCUUUGCUAGCGCUGAUUGCACACGGUCUGAACGAAGCAACCGAUGCGAUAUCAACAUCGCUCACGCAAGGAAUGUCCUUGAUCCGACAGAUGUGUGUUGGGCUGGAAUCCGCCCGAUCAGAAGUCGCUGUUAUUGAAGCACUUGAAAGAGCCAGACAGCGAUUAAACAGCCGGAGCCAGACAGAAAAUACAGUGACUGAGGCAUCGGGAUAUGAUCAGUUCAGGCAAUGGGCGAGACUGUGGCGGUCGGAGCCAGUGACUUCAACACCCGAUCUAGAGUUGCAGACGGACACGACAGUCCCUUCCUUUGAUGGCUUCUUCUCGUCAUUCCCGAACGAGUUGAAUGCGUUCGCCGCCAUUCCGGGAUCGGAGGAGAAUCUCUCACUCGGAAGCAACUGGAUGGAUGAACUGCAGAUCCCGGAUGAUCCGUUGAAUUUGGAUUCUGCAAUGUGAUGAAUAUAACUGUACAUUGCUAUGAAUAUACGAAUACAUUCUCUUCCGAUGUGAUAAUGCUAUCCCGAUCGGUGCCCCUCCGAUCGGGUGCAUGUACCCGAAUCAUCCCCGCAUCCGG